AUGUCUUAUCACCCUAUAUACAAAACACCCAUCCUUCUGUUUUUGUUUUCUUCACUAUUUUGCAUGAACCAAGGUAGUAUCCCUGGGAAUGCGUAUCGAUACGCGAAUUAUCCUAUGAAUUCGGGGGGAAAACCGAUGAUUUCGCCCCCUAUACAGCAACAGCAACUAGCCCAAUUAGAUUUAGCUGGGAAAAGGAUGGAGAUGAGUCAGCAAGACCAAUACAGAAAUGUGAAUCCUUCCAUGAGCCAGUAUGACAUGAUGCAAAGCAGAAUGGGAAUGCAGCAAGUUCAAAAUAUGCGCAUGCAGCAGCAGUACCAGAUGAAUGCUGCGUUCCAACAAAAGCGCCCUCAUAUUUCUCCAACGAGUCUUCCCGUGUCCUAUGCUCAGCAAAACACUGCGCAGUACAUGCAGCAGGUGCAAAGCCAACAUCCGGGAGUUCUGAAGAUGCAAACGCAGUCGUACACUCCUGGACAGCAUGUAUACCCGCAGAUGAUGUCUCAAAUGAUGCCGUCGUUGGGAAUGUCGUCUUCUCAAGCCAAGCCGCCUAUGAUGAAGCCAAGUCUCCCAGUGAUCGGAGGCAGUAAUCGAGACAAAGAGCCCAAGGAAUUGCCUGAUGUACAUUAUGAGAACGCAAAGAAAAACAUGGAGAUGCGGCAAAGCACCUACUGCCCGUAUUUCAAGGUGUUGAGGGAGAUGAAGAGGCUUAGUGAGGAUAAGGAGAAGGCUGCACAGUUUAAGGAGAAUAUGAAACAAAUAGUUGAGUCACUUAAUUUUUAG